UUGGCGGUAAGGAAUGACAGGCCCGAAGAAAAAUGCCAAUAUCCUAGAGGUCUUCCGCAAGUGACACUCAGCAGCACCAAUCGACUUUCUUUUACCGGCGACCGAUCCCUCCUCCCCACGGCGGGCCUGGCAGGGCGGUGACGCUGCGCGGCGGCGGCUGAUGCGCUAGCUGUGUGGGGCUCUCCGGACGGCGACGGCGGCUUUCGUAGGCGGUUCCGGUCCUGUGUCUCCGGGCGGUGGCAGUUCAUGGCGGCGACAGAGCUGAGAGGAGUGGUGGGGUCGGGCCCGGCAGCCAUUGCAGCUCCGGGCGGCGGCGGCACCGGUCCCCCCUUAGUGGGAGGUGGAGGCGGCCGCGGGGACGCGGGGUCAGGCUCCGGGCCAGGCUCCGGGCCCGCGCCGGGCACUGUGGCCGCGGCGGCUGCGAGCGGCCCUGGCCCCGGGACUGGGGGAGUGGCGGCGGCGAGCCCAGCCUCAGCGCCGCCGACGGGGGGCUCUGGCGGCUCGGGCGCUGGGGGUUCAGGCUCGGCUCGAGAGGGCUGGCUCUUCAAAUGGACCAAUUAUAUCAAAGGCUACCAGCGGCGGUGGUUCGUGCUGAGCAACGGGCUCCUGAGCUACUACAGGUCAAAGGCAGAAAUGAGACACACCUGCCGUGGAACCAUUAACCUCGCCACAGCCAACAUCACUGUGGAGGACUCCUGCAACUUCAUGAUCUCCAAUGGGGGUGCUCAGACCUACCACCUGAAGGCCAGCUCGGAAGUGGAGCGCCAGCGCUGGGUGACGGCCCUGGAGCUGGCCAAGGCCAAGGCUGUGAAGAUGCUGGCAGAAUCAGAUGAGUCAGGAGAUGAAGAGUCUGUCUCACAAACUGACAAGACAGAGCUGCAGAAUACCCUGCGGACCCUGACCAGCAAAGUGGAGGACCUGAGCACGUGCAACGACCUGAUAGCCAAGCACGGCACGGCGCUGCAGCGCUCCCUCAGUGAGCUGGAGUCCCUGAGGUUGCCCGCCGAGAGCAAUGAGAAGAUCAAGCAGGUCAACGAACGGGCCACUCUCUUUAGGAUUACGUCCAAUGCCAUGAUCAAUGCCUGCAGAGAUUUCCUUACAUUAGCCCAGACCCACAGUAAAAAAUGGCAGAAGUCACUGCAGUAUGAGAGAGACCAGCGUAUCCGGCUGGAGGAGACCCUGGAGCAGCUGGCCAAACAGCAUAAUCACCUGGAGAGGGCCUUCCGAGGAGCCACGGUGCUGCCGGCAAACACUCCUGACAGUGUAGGUUCCAGUAAAGAUCGGUGCUGCUCUGGCAAAGGAGACAUGAGUGAUGAGGAUGAUGAGAAUGAAUUUUUUGACGCGCCUGAGAUCAUCGCCACGCCUGUGAAUCUGGGCCACAAACGUACUGACAGCAACAUCAGUGGAGCCAGCAGUGACAUCAGCCUUGAUGAACAGUACAAGUAUCAGCUGGAAGAGACCAAGAAGGUCAAGAGAACUCACAUACCACAGAAGCCAAACUAUAGCCUCAAUUUGUGGAGCAUCAUGAAGAACUGCAUCGGGAAAGAACUCUCUAAGAUCCCCAUGCCGGUGAACUUUAAUGAGCCCUUAUCCAUGCUUCAGCGCCUUACUGAAGAUCUGGAAUACCAUGAGCUAUUAGACCAAGCUGCAAAAUGUAAGAACUCUCUAGAACAGCUCUGUUAUGUUGCAGCUUUCACCGUGUCCUCCUACUCCACUACUGUCUUCCGUACCAGCAAGCCAUUCAACCCACUCCUUGGGGAGACCUUCGAGCUCGAUCGAAUAGAGGAGAAUGGGUACCGAUCCCUCUGUGAGCAGGUGAGUCAUCAUCCCCCCGCUGCUGCACACCAUGCCGAGUCUGUAAACGGCUGGACGCUGCGUCAGGAAAUCAAAAUCACCAGCAAGUUUCGAGGCAAAUACCUCUCCAUUAUGCCCCUAGGCAGCAUCCACUGUAUUUUCAAAGACAGCGAGCACCACUACACUUGGAAGAAGGUGACCACAACCGUGCACAACAUCAUCGUGGGCAAGUUGUGGAUAGACCAGUCUGGUGAAAUUGAUAUUAUAAAUCACAAGACGGGAGACAGUUGCAAACUUAAAUUUGUUCCUUAUAGCUACUUUUCUCGGGAUAUAGCAAGAAAGGUGACCGGGGAAGUGAAAGACGAAUCAGGAAAAGUUCACUUUGUCCUGCUGGGGACGUGGGAUGAGAAAAUGGACUGUUUCAAAGUACAGCCAGCGACUGGGGACAACGGGGGUGAUGCUCGGCAGAGAGGCCACGAAGCGGAGGAGAGCAGGGUCACGCUGUGGCAGCGGAAUCCUUUACCGAAGAAUGCAGAAAACAUGUACUACUUCUCAGAGCUGGCUCUGACUCUCAACGCCGAGGAGGCUGGCACUGCUCCCACAGACAGCCGAUUACGGCCCGACCAGAGACUCAUGGAAGAGGGGAAGUGGGAUGAAGCAAAUGCUGAGAAGCAGCGCCUGGAGGAAAAACAAAGACUUUCCAGAAGGAAGAGAGAAGCAGAAUCUAUGAAAGGCAUGGCCAAAGAGGAUGGCACACCCUGCGAUCCCUAUAAGGCACUGUGGUUUGAGCCGAAGGAAGACCCUGUUACCAAGGAGUUAACCCAUAUUUAUAGGGGAGGAUACUGGGAGUCAAAAGAAAAACAGGACUGGAGCUUAUGCCCGAACAUUUUCUGAACCAACAGCGAGGAAAAGGAGGAGGAGGAGCCAAAGGCCAAGGGGACAGAAGAUGCCCCGGAAAGCUGGGAUUCCCUUCCCGAGGGCUUUCCUCAAGUUUGUCUGUCUUAACCAAUCAUUUUUUCCAAAUCAAUCACCAGAAGCAGACACCAGUGGUGGUGAUUGGCUGGUUGCCUUAGCUGAUUGAAACUGAAAUCAACAUACUAGAUGCCUGUGUUUGUAAGGGAGAGGUUUAGUGGCUGAAAGGUAGUGUUCCACUUCUGUAGAGGCAAAUAUUCUUGGCUCUUCCUUCCCCCUCGGCCCCCACUCAAGACGGUGUCGUCCAGCCUCCCCUCGUAGUGUCCUGCUCAGCCAAGACCUGCGCACGAUUAUGAUCCGGGGCAUUCGGUGCUGUUCAGAGUAAGAGCUGGUUUUAGAAGUUCCCUUAGAAGCAUCUAAGACUUACCAGCGGCGGCAUCAUGCAGGAUUGCGGUGGAGCUCGGGGUGGACCUCAUGAGACGCGCUCACCAGUGGGGCCCGUGGCAUGGUGUGUCCGUGUGUGGAUGACUGCAUCUUGGGACACUCAGCAGGAGAACUCUUCUGUGAGGUUGGAAUCCUGGGUCACGUUCUUGGGCGCUUCUGUCUCCACCCACGUAAAACACCAUUCUGCUGUUCUCCAUCUCCUUGGACAGCGCCCGAGGCCGCCUCGGGGGUUGGUAGGAGGGCUGCAGCAUCCUCACAAAGGGGCUUCGUGGACUCGCUCCGGCAGAGAACUCCUGAGAACACAGGCAGGAUGGAGAAAGACUGCCGGCCACCUUUGCUUUCCGACUCCCUCCUCACUCCCGUCCUUCACUUCCUUUCACACUUCGCUUCUCUCUCUCUCUCUGCACGGUACCAGUUUGGGUCUCUGCCCCAGCGUGGAGCAGGACAUGUCCUGUCCCAUUCUGAUCUCCGGCAGACUUUGAGAGAAGCGGUUCAUCUGGAAUGAAAGUUGUCACCAUCUCUCAAGCCCCAUGGACUGGAGCCACCUAUGGAAUAAUGUAUUAAAAAUCUGUAUAUUAUACAUAUGUAGAGAAAAAUCUAAUUUUUGUUUGAUUUUCCUUCUUCCUUUUAAGAAUCUUGUUUUUUUGAUACUGCUGGUCUCCCUGGGACUCGCUUGGAUAGGAGGAUGUGGACUGGGCCUCCUCCACUUUCCACCCUUUAGGGGCAGACGCAUUCAGAACCUGAGCAGGGACGUGCCCUGCAACUCGUGUCAUGGGGUGCCCACUGCUGCCUGAAGCCUGCUCCUAACUUCCCGACUCAUGAAAAUGAAAUCCCAGCCUCCUGAAGCCUUUCUUUUCUUAGGGGGAGUGUGGGUCAAGAGCCCGGAGGGUGAUUUCCAGAUUGACCCGGCCUCUGUCCGAACCACAGCUCACACGGCUGUCUCCCCAAGCAGCGCUCUUCCUCGGGCACGGAGGCGGGGCUGAGAGCAGCAUCGCCAGGGGUGGACAAGAGAACCCCCGCUGGGCUCUGGCUUCCUUCACUUUUUCUGUAUUUGUUUGGGUUGUCUUGUUCCGAAGUCUCACCCCCCAUUGCAGCCCAGCCUUGGUUGAGGAUCACAAAUUGAGGUGCCUUCCUUGUACGCCUUUUGUUAGUGAUAUUUUUUUGUUUGUUUGUGUGUUUGUUUCUGUUCCCUAACUGCUGAGCCUCAGCCAGCGUGGGCCCUAGGGGGCAGCAUCAUUCCAGAGGAAGCCAGCCCUCCAGGGAAGCUGCGUUUCUACUGGGUGAGCUAGUGCUCCGUCCCUCCUCCCUUCCCAGCUGUCGGACUUGAUAGGGGGCAGCUGCUGGGGAGUGUCCUCCUAAGAACCUGAUUCCCAGCGGAAGCGAGGGAUUGCCCUGGGGCUUCUUUCAAGGAGGCCUGGAAAAGUGAAGGCCUGAUGACUUAGGGGGCCUAAGACAGAGUGAGGAUCCCCCAACUAAUCUGAACUUCCCUGCCUCCUGCCCCCUUUCUCCCACCGUCUGUACUACACUUCCAGCCUGGUCCCCGGUCAGAUUCCUGCUAAUGGAGGGAGCUUCGAGUCCUUCGGGUGAAAGUAAAGUCACAUGAAAACAAAACAAAACUAUAUAUAUUUUCGGUUUUUUUGCCUUAUUGUUUUUUUCCAAGAAAACUACUAAAUUAAAUAAUUUUUAAAAAGUCA